UGGAGGCAGAGCUGUAUAAUGGCCACAGAUAGAGCAUUUCAUUACUGUAUAGCCCAGAUACAGGCUCAGUGCAGGGAGAAGCGGCUGGGGGGACCGUCAGCCAAUACACCGCGGCUGCAAUAAACGCACACGCCGCCCUCCCCCACAGCUGACGCCGGCUGUCCGUGGUAGCCGGGCUGGCUGUGUACAAGACGGUUCCUGUCACACCGGGGGGCAGAGGAGGGGGUGAAGCUGCGAGCACCGGGAUUGAGGCGGGAGGGGCGCUUGGCUGACGGUGCCUUAGUGCACACAUCUGGGCAGCGGCAGCGGCAGCAGCAUCUCAGAGGGCUGAGGGUCACUGGGGGCAGCUGUUCCUGUAUAAUGCACCGCUGGCAGUGACAGAGAGAGGGAGACCUGCAGCAUCCAUCACACUGCAGCAUCAGAGGACCAUGCUGGAGGCUACCGGUCCUCUGGAAGAACCCAUCACACACGCAGUCUGACUUGGCAACACCUGGAGAUCUGUGCAGCAACGUUCCCCGGUCUUCCGGAAACAGAAAUGAUCCCAUGUAUGCACAAGCUGCCCAAGUCCUGUUUACCCCGCAGUUCUGACCCAUCCAGAGUCCCAGGCAUACCAUGACCCCCAGCACUUUCCCGCUCUCUCUAGGGCUGACGGACAGACGCCGACUCAUGAGCUAAGGGAUGGCCUCUUUGGACCUGCCUUAUCGUUGCCCAAGGUGCGGUGAGCACAAGCGAUUCAGGAGUCUGUCCUCUCUGAGGGCCCACCUGGAAUACAACCACACCUAUGAGACACUCUAUGUCUUAUCCAAAACCAAUAGCAUUUGUGAUGCCACGGUCUUCCCCUUGACCAGUGAGGACGCUUUGAUAACCUCGGCCCACCAUAGGGACGUCUUUGAGAGCACAUCUUUCCAGGGCAAAGAACAGAGGUUCACGCGGGACCUAGUCCCAGCUGAAGAUCCCAGCCCAGCAUCUUCCCGUUACACCCAGGACGUGGAGAUUCCUCUCGGUGAGAUCUUUACCAAGACAACCAUGACCUCUCACUCCACACCACCGGCUGCGGUAGCCGCAGCAGCCGCAGCAUCUGCAGCCGUGGACGCCGCCUACGAGGAGGGGCUGGCCAGGCUGAAGGUGAGGGCGUUUGAGAAGCUGGAAGUGGACAAGCGGCUGGAGAAGCUGACCGAGGAGGUAGAGCAGAAGAUCGCCACCCAAGUUGGCAGGCUGCAGGUGGAAUUGGAGAGAAAGAGUACAGAGCUGGAGAAGGCCAAGCAGGAGAGCGUCCGACUGGGUAUGGAGAAGCAGGAGCUGGAGGACAGGGCCUCGGAGCUGACCCGGCAGGUGGACGUCAGUGUGGAGAUGUUGGCCUCGCUGAAACAGGACCUGGUGCAGAAGGAACAGGAGCUGACCAAGAAGCAGCAGGAAGUGGUGGAGAUUGACUUAUUCCUGAAGGAGACAGCGAGCCGAGAAGCCAACGCCAAGGUGCGCCUGCAGCAGUUCAUCGAGGAGCUCCUGGACCGCGCGGACAGGGCUGAGAAACAGCUGCAGAUCAUCAGCAGCUGCGGAUCUACCCCCAACGGGAGCCUGGGGAGGUGCAGCGUCCCCGGGUACAAGGUGCAGGAGAACCGGAUACAGGGGCCCCGACAGAGGGCAGACAGGCACCAGGGGUCCGGCUCAGCCACUCGUGGAUCAUACCCAGUGUCCAAUCAGCGAUCAUCCUCCUGCAUCGGGGUCCCGGGAAGGGUGAAGACCGUAUCCCAGAGCUCUGGCUGCUAUGACAGCGAUGGACCAGAGCAGGUUGCGGUAGAUGACUGCAUGGAGUCUCAGACUUACCCAGGGAACAACCACGGAGGUGACAGCAGCUUUGAAAGCAACAACAACCGCAGCUCAGGCCUCCGCAGGCAGGCCAUCCAGAACUGGCACCGCCGGCCCUACAGGAACAGCACAGAAGGAGAAGAGGGAGACAUAUCAGACGUAGGGUCCAGGACAACAGAGUCUGAGGCCGAGGUCUGGGAACAGGAGAGCAUUGGGUCUGCGGACCUCAGCACAAACCGCUCGUCGGGAGGCUGCCGGCCUAAGGGUCGCUGUGACGGGCGCAUGCUGAGGCCGGAGAAGGGGAGUCCGUCCCGUACUAAUGAGGUCAUCAGCCCGGAGAUUCUGAAGAUGAGGGCAGCACUAUUCUGUAUAUUCACCUACCUCGAUACCAAGACCCUGCUGCGGGCCGCUGAAGUCAGCCGAGACUGGAAGUUCGUUGCUCGGCACCCGGCUGUCUGGACCCGGGUUUUCCUGGAGAAUGCGCGGAUCACUCCAAAGUUCCUGGUUACCCUGUCACAGUGGUGCACACAGACACACUCUCUGACCCUGCAGAACCUCAAACCUCGGCAAAGAGGGAAAAAAGAGACCAAGGAGGAGUACAUGAAAAGCACAAGGGGCUGUCUUGAAUCUGGUCUAGAAUCUCUGCUCAAAGCAACUGGGGGGAACCUGCUAAUCCUGCGAAUAUCCCACUGUCCUAACAUCCUGACUGACCGCUCCCUAUGGCUGGCCAGCUGCUACUGCCGCUCACUGCAAGCUGUGACAUACAGAAGUCCCACGGAUCCUGUGGGCCAUGAAGUCAUUUGGGCUUUAGGAGCUGGCUGCAGAGACAUCAUUUCCCUCCAGGUGGCGCCAUUGCAUCCAUGCCAGCAACCCACGCGUUUCAGUAACCGCUGUCUGCAAAUGAUUGGACGGUGCUGGCCUCACCUCAGGGCGCUGGGCGUCGGGGGAGCUGGCUGUGGGGUGCAGGGGCUUUCUUCAUUAGCUCGGAACUGUAUGCGGCUACAGGUGCUGGAGCUUGACCAUGUGACGGAGAUCAACCAGGAGGUGGCGGCGGAGGUGUGCCGGGAAGGUCUGAAAGGGCUGGAGAUGUUGGUGUUAACGUCCACGCCGGUUACUCCAAAAGCGCUACUGCAUUUUAACAGUGUGUGUCGCAAUCUGAAGUCCAUCGUGGUGCAGGUUGGAAUUGCCGAUUACUUCAAGGAUCCGAGUAGCACAGAGGCCCGGAAGCUGUUUGAGGAAAUGGUCAAUAAGCUGCAGGCUCUGAAGAAGAGGCCGGGGUUCUCCAAGAUAUUACACAUUAAAGUGGAGGAAGGCUGCUAGCCCCAUUUUAUAUGACAUAAACUCUGCUCUUUGUGAUCUUGAGGACUCUUCUGAUGCCCAGAUUCAGCCGCGUCGUCUCCCCAUGGGAAGUGCCACCAGGACCAAUUGCCAAAUAUCUGCGUCCAACAGCAUCCUGAAGGCUUUACGGUGGUAGUGCAAUGGAGGAUCGCAGUCGCCGACGGGGCCCCUCCCUCAGUGCCGGACUGUAACACCAAUCUCCAGGGUUCUGUGUCCCUUAGUGUUUAUGUUCUAUGUGAGUUCAUUGCGACAGCCAAGAAAUGCCGUCGGCCGCGCUGCCCCCAGACUGCGCGGAGCGGCAGAGGACCCCGAAAAGUUCCAGUGUUUGUGUGGACCCUGAUAUUUGUGUUUUCCGUCAAGUGAGAUAUACAUAUAGAUCUGUAUAUUAAUAUUUAAUUAAUAUAUAUCAAUAUUUUAAAGAUAAAUAUAUAUAAUAUACUAUUAUUUUAAAAACAAAAGCAUCAAAGGGAGGCAACAGGUAUACCAAUUAAAUUAUGUUCAGAGUAUUAUAAGAA